CAACAAAGAAAGACUUUUGCUGUACCCUUUUUGAAAGUUUCAGUUUUUCAGGGCAUCUGUUAUGUCUACCGGUACUACGGGUACUGGUACUCUAUCCAGUCACUAAAAAAUCGAUUGGUGAGCAGAUCGACCGAGGUAAGAAAAUCCACUCGUAUUUUAAUAAAWACGCUCAGGCCGGAACAAGAARGGGAAGGAAAACAAGAACCAUCAUGGCAAGUGCAGCAAUCCAAGCUCAGGCAAACGCCCUGAAUGCUAAAAUGGAGGGAGAGGCAUCCAAGAUGUUGGACGAGGUAGAGCGCGUUUGGAUGAGAAAGGUCGCAAAACAAUCGUUUGCGUGCGCCGUGAAGUGCUACGACAAGGCUGGGACAAGCGGACCUGCAGAGUCCUUAGAAGCGUGCACAAGAAGCUGCCAAGCACCCUACCAGCAAUCUAGCAAUUUGGUUCAACAAGUAAGAACGAAAUGUCGAACGAUAUACAGGUCCACGUUCACUGCUUUUUGGUUUCGCCCCUGACGGAAGUGGCUGGAACCAAAAACUUCGCAAAAUUCUACAAAGGAAUAUAACCUGUCUCUUGUUUGAGGAUAAAUACCACUCGCAUUGGAGCACCACAUCAUUGUUUUUUGAUUGCUCCGAGAGCACGUUUAUUGUUUCUCAAUCGCUGUAAUCUGUCUUCCGUGCAAUUAUAUACAAUAUAGGAGGUGGCCCAGUUUCAGAAUCGUUUGAACCGAAACAUGCAAGAAUGCCAAGAAAAGGCCCGGGAUAUGAUCAGGCCUGGAACGGAAAAUGAUUCUUACGCGAUGUCGAAGGUAGAAACCGCUUUGAUCACAUGCAUGGAGAAGCAAGUGAAUGAACACAUCAAGUUGCUGAAUCCAAUGAAGGAAAGGUGCGUUUUGCGCGAUCGUCGCUUCUACAUCUGUAAACGUGUGCACUCGUCCGAUCGUUGCGUCCCAUCGUUGUGUUCAUUCCUUACCAUACACGUUAGGCAUGCAUUUUGUUGCUGGGUUUCGAUUUGAUGCCUACCUCUCGUUCCGAAUAGGACAGUGUACUACAUAGUCGAUGUAUUUUACUCAUAUUUUUUGUUGUUCUGACCUUAAUUUUGUGAACUUAUUGAAUAAAUAUUGGAAUCAUAGAAUCACUUCGGUACUAAAAAAUUACCAAUAAACCCAAUUCUUAAAGUUAUAAAUUGGUCAACCAAAA